AUGCCUUAUUUUGCCAUUCAGAUCUCUUCCACUCUUCCCUUUGUCGCUGUACAACACCCAGCUCCCAUGACUCUCCAUAUCUUUGAUCCGCUUCAGGACUGCGAAAUCAGAACCACCGCUAAACUCCUAAAGGAUUUCAACGGUGAUGCCAAAGUUCACUUCAUCCAGAUCGACCGUCUAGAUCCUCCAAAGAAACAAGCCAUCAAAUACCUCAACAUCGAACGCCACGGUGGCGGCAAGCUCCCUUACAUCCCCAGAAGAACCUAUGCGUACUACUACCUAAACGAUCGCAUGCCUCUCUACAAAGCUCUGUGCAACGUUUCAGACAAGCGAGUCAUCGCCAACCAAGCCACGCCGGAGGGCACCGUGGGUCCUUUGCUUCCCGAAGACAUCACCGCUGUCGAAGAGGCCAUCAUGAAGCACCCCAAAGUCCUUGCCGAAAUUUCCAAACUAAAAAUCGACAACCUAUACUACGACCAUUCGCGUCUGGGCAAGCUCGGUUACUCCGUUGUUUGUGAACCUUGGAUGUACGGAACCGACUCUCCAAAUGAAAAAAUCCCUCUCAUCCAAGCUUACAUGUACAUGAAACUCGAUCACCCGGAAGCCAAUCACUAUUCUAUCCCACUACGUUUCUCUCCCGUCUUCGAGUAUCUCACCCAUAAGCUUGUCAGAAUUGAUUUUUUGCCCGCCGGUGCCGAUGAAAAGUAUGUUAAAGAAACUUUACCUUACAGACAAUUCGAAACUGUUGAAUACCAUCCCGAACUUAUCGAAAAUACUCCAACCAGGAAAAACCUGAAACCUCUCAUCGUCUCGCAACCGGAAGGUGCUUCUUUUGAAAUCGAGGGUUCUAAAGUCAAAUGGCAAGAUUGGGAAUUCCGCAUUUCUACAAACGUUAGAGAGGGUUUUGCUCUCUAUGAUGUCUUCUUCAAAGGUAGGUCCCUCUUUUACAGAGUGGCCUUGAACGAAAUGACCGUGCCUUAUGCUGACCCAAGAGCUCCCUUCCACAGAAAGCAAGCGUUUGAUUUGGGUGACUGUGGGUUUGGUAACACUGCUAAUUCCUUAGCUUUGGGUUGUCAUUGUCUCGGGGUUAUCAAAUACUUGGACACCAGAAGAGCGGAUCAAGAAGGUAACCCAGUGCUGAUUCCAUCGACAAUAUGUAUGCACGAGCAAGAUUACGGUCUGUUGUAUUUGCACAAGAACUACAGAAAUGACAAUACCGUUGCAACGAGAAGAAGAGAAUUUGUUAUCCAAACUAUUGCAACAGUAGCUAACUACGAGUAUGUUGUCAAUCUCAUCUUCGACCAAGCCGGUGCCAUUACUGUGCAAGUCAGGGCCACCGGUAUUCUGUCGACGAUGCCUAAUGAUGAGAAUAUGGUAACCGAUUUUGCGACUAUUGUUGGCCCCGGCGUCACUGCGCCAUUCCAUCAGCAUUUACUGUCCUUCAGAUUCGACACGAGAAUUGACGGAGAUGACAACACAGUUGUCUACGACGACUACGUCCCAAUGGAAGAAAAUACUGCUAUGAACCCUUAUAACGUCGGGUUCCGUCAAGAAAGAACUUUUAUGGAGAAAUCUGGAUACGUGGAGCAAUCGCCGUUCACUAACCGCACCUACAAGGUAAUCAACGAGAAAUCUAUCAACCCUGUCACUUUGAAGCCUGUGGGAUACAAGUUCGAAAUGCCCGCGAAGCAGAUGAUUAUUGCUUCCAAGAAUUCGUAUAAUGCUAAAAGAGCUCAUUAUGCUACUCAACAAUUCUGGGUUAGCAAAUACCAUGAUGAUCAGCUUUACGCGGCCGGCGAGUUCACGAAUCAAUCUCAGGUAGACACGGGGCUCUGCAAAUGGGCAGAUGGUAGUGAGAGCGUCAGAAACACCGACACCGUUGUGUGGGCUACGUUAGCAUUGACACAUCCACCAGCCACAGAACAAUUUCCGGUCAUGACCUCGGACUUCCUGCAAUUUUUGGUUACCCCAGUUUCUUUCUUUACAAAGAAUCCUGCUUUGGAUGUUCCUUUAGCCAACAACAACUUCAAUAAGUCGGUCUACUACGAAGACGCUCAGAAAUCUGCAGGUUUGGCUUCUAAAGAUUCUUCAUCCACCGCUUCUUGCUGCAAAAGCAACAUCUGA